CUGUGCUCAGUCGAUCAGGUCCAUGCACUGCUGCUGCUUCAUGAGGCUGGAGAGCCGGCGAGGAUCCUGUAAUUUGGAGAAUAAACGCUCGUGACAGCGGCAGCUGUUCUCAGAGGAAAAGUGGAUACAGCGGAGGGACGCUGUGGCUCAGGAUUUUACCUACUCAUAUCAGUGAGAGACAGACUGUGGCACCUGGGAAGCUUAGAGAAGAUGGCAUAAACUACUUCUAAUUGGUGUCGGGGACUAUUAAGUAAACUCCGGCUUAUCUUGAAGCCUGUCACACGGAGCACUACACCUGCGAGGGUGAAAACUCUGCUGGUUUUUUGUGAAUCACUCAGGUGUAAGGCGAUGACACAUGCUUUAUCACAUGGUCUAAGAGGCAUCCACUAUGCCGUCUGCACCUGAGACGUAAGGGAAAAUGACUGGCUUGAGGCAGGACGGAGGGAGUAACCUGUGAUUUCACACUGCACCUGAGGCCGUCUUCCCAGACUGCGCUGAGCGAGACGAGUCGUUUCCAGGUGUCCAGACCUGACUCACCGGACAUCAUCUCAUCCCCCGGUUGGAUUCAGCGCCUCGGAUCCCUCUCCUUUCACCCCAUCGUGUCAGUCUUCAAAGCCGCCGACAUCACUCGCUCUCUUCCCACGGAGCCGGUCGAGAUGUGAAACAAAGGGGUUCCGAUUUUUGUGCCUCCCAGCAGCCCGAGUCGGAUUCCACGGCACUAGAAAUAGAGAGCGGCACGAAACGUCCUGAGCACUCGUGAACUGUCACUACGUGGAACAAGACGAGCAUCAUGUGGAAUCAGUCCGGCUACUGCAACCACAUACCUCACCCUGGAUAUCCCUUUUACCAUUCUCCAUGCAGUCAUAACCAAAGGACCACGACAUUUUGUCAUCCAGUAACUGGACAGAUUUCCUCUGAGAACAUGGACUUCCUCCUGCAAGAACAGUCGCAGGGUCCUCGCAUGAUGUCCAGAUACACAGGGGAGCAGCUCUCCAGCACCACUGUGAGUGAGGCCUCCACCGCCAUCACCUCCUCCACUGUGGACUCCACGUCUGCCUCAAAGGCCUCUCGGUCCAGCGGCAAGAUUCACAGCUUUGGGAAGAGAGAACAAUCCAUCAAGCGGAAUCCUAACGUCCCAGUGGUGGUCCGGGGAUGGCUGCACAAACAGGACAGCUCUGGGAUGCGUCUUUGGAAGAGGAAGUGGUUCGUCUUGGCUGAUUUCUGCCUUUUCUACUACAAAGACAGCAGAGAGGAGUCAGUCUUGGGCAGUAUUCCUCUGCCCAGCUAUGUCAUUUCACCCGUGGGACCCGAGGAUCACAUCGGCCGCAAGUAUGCCUUCAAGGCUAGCCACACAGGCAUGCGUUCAUACAUUUACAAGCAGAGCUCUGUGAUUGGCUCGCAGGCAGAGCACACUGGGAUGCGGACGUAUUACUUCAGCGCCGACACCCAGGAGGACAUGAACACCUGGCUGAAGGCCAUGAACCAGGCCGCGCUGAUGCAGCACCACCCCGGCACACUCAGACCUGCUGACAAAGUGGAUAAGCUGCUGCAACAGGCAGUUCCCCAGACAAACCACGUCAAUCACCAGAAGACGAAGACUUUAGACUCUGAGGCCACAAAAACGAUUGUCCACGAGGUUCUGCUGGAGCCCAUACACCGAAACACAGAGGAGCUCUGCAGCUUUCACAAAGACACCGGCAUGCUCGAGCGGCCCGAAGGAAGCGCUGCUCUGGAAAUGGACACACAGAGCUCCCUCCCAUCCAACCCUCCAGCCACCGCCCUCCCGCUGUCAGACCACGUGUCCGCCUCGGCUCCCGUGUCCAGGGUGCCAUCCCGCGCGCCGUCACGGGCCGCCUCCACGCUGCCCUCCAGCCUUUGCACGAGGAACGGCCUGGUCUCCACGCCCAGCCCCAUCCUGGAGCCCAACGGCAUCGCAGCGGGGACCUACCAGAGGGCGCCAGAGCCAGCGGCCUCGGACACAGUCAAGCACGUGCAGAGGAGGAGCACUCUGGAGCAGGUGGAGCAGUGGGUCCAAGUCCAGAAGGCGGAGCAAAGGGGCCCCCCCUCCAGAGAGAACACUCUUCCCCGUCGCACACCGCCAACCCAGCACAAGCACGCCACGAUGGACGCUUAUCAGACGCUUCCAAAAACUCCACGUCACAGCCCGCCGCCCGGUCGACUCAGCGAGUACAAGUACGCCCACGACCGGCUGAACCAUUUCCGCCUGACCCCGGAGCAGGGGGGCCCAGGGUCCAACACUGUGUUGCAGCUGUACGAAUGGCAGCAGCGCCAGCGGUUCCGUCACGGCAGCCCCACGGCACCGAUCUACACCCCGGCCCCGGAUUACCCGUUCGGCCCCCGGCCCCCGUCCACCGUGCCGGCCUCCUCCUCGCUGCGCAGGCCGGACGGGCCUCCUCGCUGCGUGUCGGUGCCGCCCUCAGCCGCAGACAUCCCUCCGCCGGGGCCUCCGGCGGGUCGCAGCAGAACACUGUCGCCCAAUAAAAGGCCGCAUACUCCCGCCGAACGGCUGACAGUGAGGCCCGGGGGGGACACGCCGGUGCUGAACAUCCCCUUCACUGUGUCUCCGCGUAGGACCAAGUCUCAGAUGCUGAAGGCUGCCACUAUUGAGAGACGCUCGAUGCCUCCAACUGGCUACAUCACUCAUACAGUCAGCGCACCCAGCCUUCAUGGCAAGACGCCCGAGGAGCUCACUCUGCUCCUCAUCCAGCUACGCCGCCAUCAGGCCAAGAUGGCCUCCGUACGCCAGCAGACCUUAGCUCAGCUCAAAAGGCUGAGGGCUCCCAGAGAGUCGUACCAUCAGAACCACCCCCUCACUGCUGCCGCCGCCGGUGACAGCCCGCUCGUCCUCAGCGCCGCCCCGUCUCCUGAGUCCCACCUCGGAGAUGUUGGCCUUUCAGCUCCACUUGGCCCUUGCAGCACUCAGGCCGAUGAAUCGUACAUGACUCUGAAGAAGGACCUGGAGUAUCUGGACCUGAAGAUCAGAGCUCUAGAGCCGCUGAUCCUCGCAGUUCACAGUUUACUACUGCACUGCACUGCUGGGCCUCUCAGGCCUUUAAUGAACGUAGCUGGAAGUCAGACCCUGAAGGAGGCAGGGAAACCUGUCAAGGUUGCAGAAAGUGAUGUGGAUGUGAAGUUGAGUCGCUUAUGUGAACAGGACAAGAUCCUCAAGGACCUAGAGACGAGGAUCAGCUCCCUGAAGAACGACAAGGACAAGCUGGAGAGAGUACUUGACAUGUCUCACCAGCAGAUGGAACAGUACCAGGAGCAGCCAGCCCACGCCCAAAAGAUUGCCUACCAGCAGAGGCUGCUGCAGGAAGAUCUGGUGACCAUCAGGGCCCAAAUUUCUCGUGUCUCAACGGAAAUGUCACAUGCGUGGGAUGAGUACAGCAUGCUGGAACAAUCCGUGGAGCAGCUAAGGAUGGCCCUGCAGGCACACAUGACCCACGGCGACACUUCUCAGCAGGAAAAGGCGGAGCUAAAGCGCGAGCUGUGGAGGAUCGAGGACGUUAUGGGCGGGCUUAGUUCCAGCAAAGCUAACUACAAGAUAACAGUGGAGUCUAUUCAGAAUCCAGCAGACAGAAGAUUAGUGCCUUCGGUGUCAGACCAGGCAGUGCCUUCCCUCAGUGCAGAGGUCCAGCCUCCUCCUCGCAGCUCCAUCUCCCACACUUUGCCUCACAGCAACGUACCAAAGUGGGCCGAGGACAAUGCCCCGCCCAGGCCACCACUUCCUCGUCUCUAUGACUACGAGGAGACACCCCCUGUGGUGCCCCCCCUCCCCAAAGAGGCCUCGGUCAUCCGCCACACAUCGGUGCGAGGGCUCAAACGGCAGUCAGACGAGAGGAAGAGGGACAGGGAGUGUGGCCAGUGCGUUGCCAAUGGAGAUUGUAAGACUGAUUUGAGAUCAUACCUGAGUGAACCCGAACUGCCAGGCAGCAGCCACCAGAUCACAGGAUCCGACGCCGACUACCAGUAUUACCCAAGCAAAGGAACCACAUCUCGGCUGGACCAGUCCAACUCCAUCUCGUCCUACGUCACCCUGAGGAGAGGUGCCGGCAGCUCUGCACCAAAGGACAGACCCAAGAGUGCUUUUGAGCGUCUGUCGUCCCCUACGGAGGGCGAGCAGCUUCCGAGCAGCCAGCCUCGAGGCCGCAUGACCGCCGAGGAGCAGCUGGAGCGGAUGAAGCGCCACCAGAGGGCGCUGGUCCGCGAGCGCAAGAGGAACCUCAGCCACGGCGACCGCUCCUGCACGGGCCUGUCCUCGUCCACGUCGCAGCGCUCGUCGUCGUCCUCCAGGCUGCCCAGCCGCCCCUCAGAUCCUCCCCCCUCCGUGUUUGACUGGCAGGAGGAGCGACCUGGAGCAGAAGGUCAGAGCGACGAGGCGCUGCACCAGGUCAAAGAGAGGGCAAGGAGGCAGUCGGACGAAUGGGUGACGGUCACAGCCAGACGCGUGCAGGAGGUGGACUUGGAGCCCCUGGACUAUGACCUGGAUAUCAGCAGGGAGCUAUCCAAACCAGACAAGGUUCUCAUCCCAGAGCGCUAUGUGGAGUCGGACCCAGAAGAGCCUCUUAGUUCUGAGGAGCUGGAGGAACGCUCGCGUCGGGCCGAGCGCAUCAAGAACCUUCUCACCAAGUCCAGUGUUCAGAACAUCCAGCCAUCAGCAUCGGUUGAUUUCAGCGAGCUGGACUCUGCUAUGCAGCAGCAGAAGAGGAUCAUGAGCGUCUCCCACGCGCUGGCCUCCGAGGCUUCCCGCAAGAGCAAACUGGUUGCAGCCAAAGCUGCUGCACAGCACUGAUCCACAGGACCGGCAGAGGGGACAUUCUGUUAAAUAGAGGAAAAGACCAUGUCGAAGGCUCUCAUCAAAUUAAGUUAUUAAUUUGUUUAAAUAAAUCCCUUUUAUAAUUAUGGAUUUGAUACACAUUUUCCAAAGCGUUUGUAAUUCGUGGUUUUUAAAUAAUAUUUUCAUUGCUUCUGCACUUACAUUGCACACUUAAUGGUAAAUCAUAAACUGACUGAACUUUUUUUUUGUUCUUGUUUGUUAUUGGAUUUUCAAAAUAAAAGCCAAAAUCGACAUGCUCAGUUUGCAGUGGGAAUGUAUAGAGAUAACUAGUUUAUUUGCCACUUUGGAUUGAGAUGCUUUACUUUGUAUUUUUCCUUCACGCUGUCAUAAUGGUAACAAACACAUUAGAACAACAUAAUAAAGUCAGGCUGCUUAAAACAAA